CAACCUACGUAGAAACUAUGCAUGUUCGUGGGUUAACCAUCCAACAUACGUGUGUCCAUGUUAUCAAGUUAUGUUCUUGUUAAUAUAAAUGUUGAAACCUUAGAAUGAGCCAAGCAGUAGGUAAUGACGGACAGGUAGAUCCACAUAGGAGUGCCAGAGCACGUGAGCGCACAUCGAAGCGUCAUACUAAUUGCGUUAUACGCUCACUUGUUCCCCAUUUUGAUACUGUACGAUCGUUAGAUGAGUACCAUCAGUUCGGAAGCGUGUCAAGCGUUCACUCCAGUCGAACCUUCGUGCUCGGUAAGAGACGAAAGAACAAGAGGAAAAGUUACGAUUCAAAAGAGCGCUACCAACGUGCACACCGCAAGGCUCGGAUAGCAAAGUUAAGAAUCUGGAAGCGCCAGAAGGCAGCAUGGGAAAGAGAUGACCCAGAGGAAACGUUCAGCGUGGACUCUGCUAAUAGCAUCUGCGGCGCAGGUGGGGAUAAUCCUCCAGUGGACUCAGCCCGACUAGGCGAGUGGGAGUGGGUUGCCUGCUAAAUGAUGACAUAGUCGAAGCCGUAAUCAAUGCAACAUUUCGUCCCACUUAUCUAAACCAAAUAUGUUCCUUGAAUGAAAUUCGUCAAUUGGUCUUUAAUCUAUUAUGCCCACGUAGAUUCUUAUGCCAAGGACAUAACUAGCAUCCCCUAAGNUUGUUGUUGUUUGCCAUCUACAGAAAAUUUUGCAAACUAGGUUAUCUAUCAUGUUUAAUAAUUAAUUAGGCCUUUAAUUAAUUAUCUCCCACUAUUUUUAACAAAUCAAUAACCCUCGAUAUUGAUUCGGAGAUUUCCGGCGAAACCUCUAGUGGGCCAAGAUCCAUAUUUCAUUAUCUUGCGUUCCGCUUGGGCGUUACUCCACAAGACAACUAUUUAGGUAGGAACAUGGUUCCAA